AUGCGCUUUUGCUGCUGUCUGAUUGGAUCUUUCCAGGCAUUCGGAUUGUAUGGAUACGAUGCUGGUGUCCUAGGAGGUGUCCAAGACACUCGUCCGUUUCGUGAAGCUUUAGGGGGAUUCGGAAUUGGGGCUGAGAUGAGUCUCACCGAGAACAAACGCGGCCCAGAAGUGGCGUUUCAAUGCGUAUUCCUCGUUGCUGGAUGCGCGUUUGCCUACUGGGUUGAUUUCGGCUUCACUCGUCUUGACAAUCAACUGUCAUGGCGGUUUCCAUUGGCUCUUCAAGCUCUCUUUGCAGCAGUCUCCGGCGUGACUAUGUUUUUACUUCCAGAUACCCCCCGGUGGUAUUAUGCUCGCAACCGCCUUGACGAAGGCGACGAAAUCCUCGCUCGUCUUCACGACCGACCCAUAUCAGACCUAGCAGUGCAGGAGAUGCGACAGUCCAUUAUUCUGUCAAUUCAACAUGAAGCUGAAGUGACCAAGCGAAUAAGUCUGUUGGAUCUUGUUUGGGACCGAACGAAUCUAAGGGUCGGACGACGAAUUCGUAUUUCAUUUCUUAUUCUCUCGAUUCAGCAAAUGAUGGGGAUCAACAUUGCCGUUUAUUACAGUGUCACUAUUUUCUCACAAAUUGACCUUUCUUCCACAAUGUCUCAACUUCUGGCGGCAGUAAUUAACACAUGCUUUGCGUUGGGGUCCACCCUUCUUCCGGCCACAAUUGAGAGAUUUGGCAGGCGAAAUAUUCUAAUAUAUUCGGCUAGUGGUCUCACCAUCUGCCUGGCUGUUUUUGUCGGCAUGAUUGGGUCCCCCCAUCCCACCUUGGCAACACAGUGGACUGCCGUGGCAUCCAUCAUUGUUUAUAACUUCAUAUUUGGAUACGGUUGGAUCGGAGUUUGUUGGCUUUACGGCGCUGAGAUCGCUCCAUUGCAGUAUCGUCACGUUGGUGCUGCAGCCGGAUCGUUCGGCGAAUGGCUGUUUUGUUUCAUAACUGUAUUUGCUGGUGGAAUUGGGCUCAAUAAUGUCGGAUGGAAAUUGUGGAUAUGGUGCCUGAUCUCUUGUGUUGUCGCGAUACCCCUUAUAUGGUUCAUGUGCCCUGAAACGACCGGCAAGACACUGGAAGAGAUUAAUUUUCUUUUUGAGAAAACCAGUGAAGGCGGUGCAGCUUCUUCUGGUGAUGACUCAAAGGAAAGAGACAUCGACUUUGUUCACCAGGAGAAUGCCUACCCGUGA